AUCAAAAAUGCUUUGAUCCUUGUGCUAUUGAGCAUUUAAAUUACUAAUAAUAUUCCUAAUAUCUUUUUUUAGUAACAUUUUUUUUACAUAAAUUCUUCGUAUAUGUCUAAGAGAGGAUAGGAAGCAAUUUCAAGAAAUGGGGGAUGACGCUGGAAGUGAACAUAGUCGACGGAAGUUCGUCGCAAUCGUUUAUCUGAUGACUCUGCUUGUGCUACUGGUGGCGCUUGGCCAAUGGCUGGCCGUUAGUUUUGUUGACGCGCUCUGCGAUGUGUUUAGAGAAUUCGAAUUUAUCAGCGGCAUCUUCUUCACGCUGUCGGUGAUAUUAGUCCUGAUCUUCAUAUUUUUGGAGAAGGUUCGCGUUAUGAUCGCUGUGAAUUGGAUAUUGGCGAUAUUAAUUCUUGAAUUCGCCAUACUGGGGAUAUUUGCUCUGGCUGCGCGGACCAGCUGGCCAGAGCUGGUCCUUUGGUUUUUGAUAUGUGUCCUUUUAUUAUUCAUUGCUAUACUCGUAGGCUCGAUCCUACCGCAUGACCUGACUCUGGAUGUAGUUAUAUUAUUUGUAAUAUCAUUUAUAUUCCUGAUUGUUUCCGUAUUUUUGGUGAUGUUGCAUCUAAUGACACUUACAGCCCAUUCGAUUAUCUUGCACCAGCUGUUCGUGAGCAUUAUUAUUCUGACGUUUGUCAUGUACCACGCUCAGACAAUAAACGGAGGACGCUUUGCGGAACUGAGAGUAAACGAUUAUCUACUGGCAGUCAUCAUACUCUUCUACGAUUUCAUUGUGAUAUUCUUGUUAACAUUUUACGCGCAAGUCCAUUAUCCGAUAGUUAAUCUGAACCCCCAGACGACUACGGAAGCCCCAGGAACGACAACUCCAGCAGGGGAGCCACCAGCAGAUGCUCGCGCCGCCUUCCGCAUCUUCUAACAAUGCUCUCAGCGUUGAAAUUCACUUUGCUUUCCAAAUAUUCCAUAUAGUUUACCGUACCGAUUGUAUUCAAUUUAAUAAUCUGUAAAAUAAUUGAGCUCAUUUAUUAAACAUUCAGUAACGA